AUGAUGCCGACUGCUCACGUGUACGGCGGCCACCACCAGUUCAAUCCACAAGCGGACUCGGCCGCAUGGAUGCACCAGCAGUCGAAUCAGCACCAUCAUGCACAGCAAGCUGCCGCCGUCGCCGCCUCGGCUGUCCAGCAACAGCAGCAACAGCAACAUCAGCAGCAACAGCAGCACUACAGUAGACUUGCCGGUGCUCACUCCGCCGUCAGCUCCCUAGCCAAUGCCCAUACACAGGACGGCGGCCACGAUAACAUAUCUGAGGAUAAUCGGAGGACGAUGUCUUACAUUGCUGAUCUGUUGAACGAAAGUACUCGGGAGGCCGCUCUCUUGGAGCUGAGCAAGAAGCGAGAGCAAGUCCCAGAGUUGGCUCUCAUUCUUUGGCACUCUUUCGCUCACAUCCCCCUGUUUCUCUAUCCGUUCCUGAACACGACAUCGAAAUCAAGGCCCUUCGAGUACCUACGUCUGACCUCGCUUGGCGUUAUCGGCGCCCUCGUGAAGAACGAUUCAUCCGAGGUCAUCAAUUUUCUCUUAACCACAGAGAUUAUCCCCUUGUGCCUGCGUAUCAUGGAGACAGGCUCCGAGCUGAGCAAGACAGUGGCUAUCUUCAUCGUUCAGAAAAUCCUGCUGGAUGAUAAUGGUCUCAACUACAUCUGCGCCACAUAUGAACGAUUCUACGCGGUAGGAACUGUUCUGAGCAAUAUGGUUGCUCAACUAGUCGAGCAACAGACGGCUCGCUUGCUCAAGCAUGUCGUCAGGUGUUUCCUUCGGUGA